ACCAACGAUCAGAUCAAUCUUAUCAACAGUACUUUAUAACUCUCAAUUAAUUUUUAGAUAAAAAAUAAUAGUAAAUACUAGCAACCUUAAGAUGUCACGAAAAAAUGUUAUUAAUUUAAUAAAUACUGUGGUUACUAAUUCAUGCAAAUGUCCGGCACAUUCAAGUGGGUAUGGAUCAAUGGCUGCCGCCGCCACACAAACGGGUAAAAUGGAAUAUGCAUUUGAGAUGUCCUCCUCUACUGUACGUUUCGGUCCUGGUGUAACCGCUGAGUUGGGUGCAGAUCUACGCAAUUGUGGUGCUAAAACGAUAUGCAUAGUCACUGAUAGGAAUGUUGUAAAGCUACCCAGCGUUCAAACUGCUUUUGACUCGCUCAAACGAAAUGGUAUUGAUUUCGAAGUUUACGAUCAGACACGAGUAGAGCCCACAGACGAAAGUCUAUGGGAUGCUGCCAUGUUUGCCCGUUCUAAGGAAUUCGAUGCAUUUGUGGCAAUAGGAGGAGGUUCUUCUAUAGACACCUGCAAAGCUGCUAAUCUUUACUCUUGUGACAAGGAAGCCGAUUUCUUAGAUUAUGUUAAUCAACCCAUAGGCAAGGGCAAAGAAAUCAAUGUAACCUUAAAACCCCUUAUAGCAGUGCCCACUACUUCGGGAACUGGUUCGGAGACAACAGGAGCUGCCAUAUUUGAUUAUAAGAAACUACACUGCAAGACUGGUAUAUCGAGUAAAUAUUUAAAGCCCAAGCUAGGUCUUAUUGAUCCCUUGCACACUUUAACGCAACCUGAGAGGGUAAUGGCCUAUAGUGGCUUUGAUGUAUUUUGUCAUGCUUUGGAAAGCUUUACCGCCAUCGAUUAUAGAGAGCGUGGCCUGGCACCUGCCGAUCCCAGUCUACGUCCUGUCUAUCAGGGACGUAAUCCCAUAUCAGAUGUUUGGGCCCGAUUUGCAUUGACAACAAUACGCGAGAAUUUUUUGCCUGCCAUUUACCAGGCUGAUAAUUUAGCAGCAAGAUCCAAAAUGCAUUUGGCUUCCACCAUGGCCGGUGUGGGCUUUGGAAAUGCUGGUGUGCAUCUACCCCAUGGUCUCUCCUAUCCCAUAUCGGGCCAAGUACGCAAAUUCUACCCCCAAGGUUAUGACAAAGAUCAUGCCAUCAUUCCUCAUGGCUUGUCGGUAAUAAUUACUGCGCCAGCUGUAUUUGAAUUUACAGCCGCUGCUUGUCCUGAACGUCAUUUAGAAGCAGCUCAACUUCUGGGAGCAGACAUAGGCCAAGCUAAAGCGGCAGAUGCUGGUAAGAUUCUAGGGGACUGCAUUCGUAACAUUAUGCAAAAGGCAGGCAUUGAAAAUGGCCUUAGAGCGCUUGGCUUUGAAAAAACCGAUGUGGCGUCGCUUGUCGAGGGAGCUUUGCCCCAAGAAAGGAUUUUGAAAUUGGCCCCAAUUGAACAAAGUCGAGAGAAUUUGUCGGGAAUUCUAGAAAAUUCCAUGGAAGUUUAUUAAAAAUUAAAUUUUUACUCACAAUUGUUUUUGUUUUGAGGUUGUUGGAUAUGUCUACCGAAUGUUUUAUUAAAAUAU